AUGGCAUCACGUCCCACCGUCCCGGCAGGGCCAUCUACUCCAUCACCGACAAGGACGGACAGAUCCGGUGUUUCAAAAAAUAAAUCCAAGCUAGAGGAAAUGCCGGGCCACGCCAAACGUAAGCCGCCAUCGAUCAUGUCUCCAAAAUCACCAGGGGAAAUGACUACUGCAGCAAAAAAGGGAGCCGGUCAUGGUCCUGUUGACUUGCCAAAAUUGAAGGGGUUGGAGGUGGGUGAUGAAGGCAGAAUAUACGGGAAGGAUGGAAAGGUUUUAGGACGGGUCGUUGAAGGAGACCCCAACGACCUUGUUGGGCAGGUGGUGGGGGGUGCUGGAGAAAUUUUCGAUGAGCAUGGACGCGCAGUUGGCAGGGUGGAGGUUUUGUCUAAGAUAACUCAGCAACAAGUGAAUGAGCCUGUUAGUAAAACAGCCCCUAUCGAUUUUGAUGCCCUCCAAGGCCUCGAAGUCAGUGAGGGAGGGAAGAUCAAAAGCUCCACUGGUGAGGUGAUAGCGAAAGUGGUAGAAGGACGCCCAGAUGACCUUGUCGGUUUCGCUCUCAAUGAACAAGGUGAAGUCAUUGAUGGAGAUGGCGAGGCGAUUGGUCGGGUAGAGAUUCUUCCCCAAGCAGGGAGGAAGGAUGACGGGAAUAUCAAAGAGAGUGGAACCGAGAAACAAGUAAAGGUCAAUGCCGAACAAGCCACUGAGAGCGUGGCUGAUGUCUCCGCGAAUGAUGCUGGCCCCGAAACUAAGUCACCUGGCGCCCCUGAUUUGUCCAAAUUGGCCGGCCUGAUAGUGAACAAGAAUGGAGAAGUGGCUGAUGGUGCUGGAAAUGUUCACGGGAAACUUGAGGAGGGAAGGUUAGAAGACAUUGUUGGUAAAACGGUCAACGAACGUGGUUUAGUGUUGGACAAUGAUGGUAAUAUUAUUGGCAAAGCAGCCGUUGUCGAAGAGACUGUGGAUAAAAGAGAGGACGAAGGAUCGAAUAUUCCCCCACUUUCGACACUGGAAGGGCUGAGAUGCAAUAAACAAGGAACGAUCGUGGAUAGGGAUGGGAACCCAGUGGGAAAAUUGGUUGAAGGCAAUGCUAGGGCCAUUUGGAAAUACGGCGCUCAAAUUGACGCGCAAGGCCAAUUCUCGGAUAAUAGGGGCCGGGUUAUUGGGAAAGCAAAAACAAUUGAGCAAAAAGAGGGGGGGGAGGAUGUACCAUUUGCCGGGUUUGAAAGUUUGUUUGUUAGUAAAGAUGGGUGGGUAGAAGACGAAAAUGGAAACAAAAUCGGCCAGAUUGUUCAGGGAGAUUCGAAAAAACUUUUGGGAAGGGCUGUCGACCCUGACGGCGAUAUCCUUGACAAAAGAGGUAAUGUCGUUGGGCACGCAGAGAAGUACGAAGAGAAACCAGGGCCAGAAAAGGAAGAGUUGUCAAUUCUAAAGGGGUUAUCACCAAAUAAACACGGAAACAUCAUGGGACCCGACGGAAUACCUAUUGGUAGGGUCAUCGAGGGAAAUCCUGAACAACUAGUUGGUAAAAAGGUUGAUGAGAAUGGCUGUAUAUGGAAUGAUUCUGGACAGCACAUUGGCCAAUGCGAAUUGAUACCGGAAGAAGAACGGGACAUAAAAGCGGAGUGUCCUUUUGCUGGCAUUGAUGUGUUGGUUGUUGUCAAUGACGGCUUGGUCGAAGAUGAAAACGGGAAUGUUGUUGGCAAAGUUAGUGAGGGCGACGUCAAAAAAUUACGUGGGAGAGCAGUAGACGAAGAUGGCGACAUCAUUGACAAACACGGGAAUGUUAAGGGGCAUGUCGAGCCUUACGGGGCGCUUGAAGAGGAAGUCGUGGGGGAAGAUCUGUCACUAUUAGCGGGCAAAGCAAUUAACAAAGCUGGUAAAAUCGUUGACGAAUCCGGAGUCACGAUUGGGCACGUUGUCUCAGGUGAUCCAAAGAAGCUUUCUGGAAGGACGGUGGAUGAUAAAGGCCAAAUAUGGGGUGACAGGGGCGAAGUUAUCGGGAAAGCAGAGCUUAUGCCGGAAGCAAAAGGGAACAAAGCCGAUGGGCCGUUCUCCGGAUUCCAGAGUCUUACAGUGGGUAAGGAUAAUGUCGUUCUAGACAGCUCAUGUCAGGUAGUCGGGCGCGUCGUCGAAGGCGACAUGGAAAAUCUUAUGGGUCGACCAGUAGAUAAGGAUGGUGGCAUCACCGAUAAAGCCGGACACACCCUCGGAAAAGCCGAACGCUUGGAGCCAAAAGAGAAAAAACUGGAAAUCAACCCAAUGUCUGGACGCAAGGUCAACAAAGAGGGAGAAGUGUGUGAUGCAGAUGGCAACCUGAUCGGAAAAUUGACAGCGGGAAAAUUGAACAACCUUGCUGGAAGGUCUAUUGACGACAGUGGAUAUGUGGUCGACAAUGACGGGAAUAAAAUUGGAGAAUGCACGCUGCUGGAACACAUACACGAAGAGAUUGAGGAGCCUGAGAUGUCUCCAGAACAGCUCGAAGCUGAGAAACAUGCAGAGCAGGAAAGGGGUCUCGCUAAGGAAAUGUGCUCCAUCGUGCAACAGACACUCGGUAAGGUCGGCGCUGUGUGUGAGAUGAUCAAGGAGCACACCGAGAGAGCGGACAGAACACCGAAGGCCGAACUUGACGAGGAGGAACUCGUGCGAAACGUCAAGCCACUCAUCGAAGAAGGCAGCAAUCACCUGCAAGAAUGCAACGGGGCUCUGCGGGCACUCGAUCCCGACGGGCAUAUAGCAGCCAAGGCGAAAUCGAAGUCCGCGCAGCCCGAAGCAUCGCACGAAGAACACCAGCUGGCGGAUCUCCUCAAGGAACUCACGUCCACCGUGGCCACGACUAUAGACAAUGCACGGAAGCGGAUUGCUGAUAUGCCCCACGCGAAGAAAAAGCUCAACCCGCUCUGGGCGCUGCUGAGCGAACCCAUGUCCACGGCGAGGGUGGGUUGGUCUCCUCCUCACCGGCGUUCUUGGUUUGGUGGGCAGACUGCUCAAUGGGCUGGGUCUGGGUGGCUUGGUAAAUGGGCUCCUCGGUGGAUUGGGUAUCAAUAA